AUGUCAAGCACCGACGACUGCUCGAUCGAAAGCUGCGCAGUCGAGCUCUCUUUGUACGGCUAUCGACCAAAUUUAGGCACCAACGUCUUUCUCACAGCCAUAUACUCUUUAGUCAUCAGCACGGCAGUUAUCAUCAUCCUAAGACAACAUCUGCAUUAUAUUAGGAAGUAUCUUGGAACUGGUGGAUAUGCAGAGCGCAUCAAAGGAUAUUCGAACCCUUUCGCCCUAGAUGGCUUCACAAUCCAGUAUGCCCUCCUGACGAUCGCCCCUGCUUUCAUAACCGCCGCGAUCUAUAUAAGUAUUGGCAAGCUCGCACAAAAGAUGGGGAGAGGUUGUCUCAACAUAAGACCCAGUCUGUAUCCUCGCAUCUUUAUACCUUGCGACGUUGUUAUCUUGGCCGUGCAAGCAACUGGAGGUGCUCUGACUACUUCCCAGACUUCAACUCCUGAGGAGGCCGCCAAUUACAAGGACGGGAAACCUCCCGGUGUCAUCAUCACCAUCGUCGGUCUUGUUCUCCAAGUUGUCUCACUCACGGUCUUUCUUGUGUUAUUCUCGGCCAUUUUGCUCGGGCAAACUAAAAGUAGAAGAUUGUCUGAGGCCAAGUCCGAGGAGCCUACGGCGUGGACAAACAGCACGCGCCUUUCAAUGUUCAUUUAUUCACUAGCAAUUUCUUGCAUCCUCGUCUUGGUUAGGUCUGCAUACCGAGUUGCAGAAUUAUCCAACGGGCUUGAUAGCGGGCUUGCCCAGAACGAGCGACUAUUUAUUGGACUAGAUGGAAUACUGAUUGCGCUUGCCACUGUCCUCCUCAUAGCAUUCCAUCCUGUAUAUCUACUCAAGGUUUAG